AAUGAAGAGCAAAAUAUAGAUGACACCCCCUUUCCUUUUCUGCGAGAAAUUUACUCAGGAGAAGAAAAGAAAGAAGAGGGACGCGAAAUAGUAUUGCUCCUCAGCCCCUCCCCUAAACCUACCUUAUAAGUAUCAUGAUUUCCCUUUUCAAUUUCUCAUUUUUUUAAUGCCCUAGAAUAAUUCAAGAUCACAGCUCAACAAUCCAUCAAAUUCCCCACUACCCACAUUUCUCUUGGGAUUUUUGAGCUCUAAUUUUAUUUCCUUAAAAAGGGAGCUAUGGAUGCUGAUUCGUGGAGCGUUCGUAUCUCUUCGGGCUCUAAGCGAUACCAAUCAGUCCUUCAAUCGCGAUCUGACGUGUUUGUGGGUUUUGAAGAAACUGAUGGAGAUGAUGAUAUAAGGGAGGAAUUUCCUUGUCCAUUCUGUUCAGAAUAUUUUGAUAUUGUUGGGUUGUGCUGUCAUAUUGAUGAUGAGCAUCCCAUGGAGGCAAAUAAUGGGAUUUGUCCAGUUUGUGCAAUGAGGGUGGGGGUUGAUAUGGUUGCGCACAUAACCUUACAUCAUGGACAUGUAUUCAAGAUGCAGCGGAAGAGGAAAUCACGGAAAGGUGGACAUCAUUCUACUCUUACUUUAUUGAGGAAAGAGCUCCGAGAAGGAAAUCUACAAUCUCUUUUUGGGGGUUCUUCCUGUAUAGUUUCCUCAUCCAAUGCAGCGCCUGAUCCUUUGUUGUCUUCAUUCAUUUUGCCCAUGGCUGAUGAUUUUGCAAGUGCUCAACCUUCUUUUUCAAAUGAAACAAGCUCAGCCAAGAAAAGCUUGGAUGAGAAUGUUUUAGAGCGAAAUAUGAAGUCAUCUCCCCUGUCAGUUAAGGAUCAGGAAGAGAAAGCCAAGAGGAGUGAAUUUGUUCAAGGGCUAUUGUUGUCUGCCAUUCUUGAUGACAUCUUAUGAAGAGGACUCAUACUGGCCACCGCAGUUAUAGAAGUCCAAUUUUCAACUAAGGGCCCUACAAUCUUUGGUUGGUUUGUAGUGAAUAUGCCAAAUUGCCAAUGUAUUGAAGGCAAGAGUGUUGAAUAAGGUGUAAGCUAUGUUGCAUGUGAAAUUUAGUUGUUGGACCUGUACUGAUUUUAUAUUUCAGGUCGUCAUUAAUAGAAAAGAAAAAAAAUAAUUUAUUUUCCUCUA